UUGGUAUGCCAAAUCCGGCCAAAUCCACGAAUUUGAAAAUAUGGGUCCGAAAAAAGCUGCUGGAAAGGGCGGAAAAGGAGAUUCUGGAGGCGCAGAAGGUGGCAAAGGGAAGGAAGUGAAAGGAGGAAACGCUGUUAAGGUUAGACACAUUCUUUGCGAAAAACAAUCAAAAGCUUUAGAGGCGCUAGAAAAAAUCAAAGCCGGCGCCAAAUUCAACGAGAUUGCUGCCCAAUACAGUGAAGAUAAAGCGCGGUCAGGAGGUGAUUUGGGUUGGAUGACGAGAGGUUCAAUGGUUGGUCCUUUCCAAGAGGCGGCAUUUGCUCUUCCCAUUUCGUCACUUUCCAAUCCUGUCUACACAGAUCCUCCGGUGAAAACAAAAUUCGGCUACCACAUAAUCAUGGUUGAAGGAAAGAAAUAAAAAAACACGCAUUUUUAAGUAA